CUCGAGGUUUUAAGCUUCUUCUCUUUCUCCCCCAAUUCCGCAUCUGAAAUCCCUUGCGCUUGGGCAUUCCAUCUGGCGCCACAACGUGAUCAGAGGUUGCAGUCCAAUUAAUAUGGAGAAGAUGGAUUCCAUGUCUGAGUCGUGGCGUAGUCAUCUCAGUCCUGACAAUUCCCAAUGGCUGGAAGAAAAUCGCGAGAAAAUGGACCAGAGCGUCAAGCAAAUGCUCAAGUUGAUCGAGGAUCAUGCUGAAUCUUCACCGCAAAUGCGUUCUCUCUAUAAUCUCCAUCUUCAGGAAUUCUACACCAUUUACCAAUCACUGGCACAGCGUUAUCACCAUUUUACAGAAGAAUUGUGUAAAAAUUUACCACAAAACUGUCAGCUAUCAACUCCUGAAUCUGUCAAAUAUAAACACCAUGCCUCUCCUCAACAAAACAUGGAUGCGCAUAAGUCAGAUGCAUCCCUCAGCUCUGGUGGUCAUACCUCUGGUCUCUCCUUGAAAGAUGCCGCCGAUUCAUCUUCAUUCUUGUCAGACUCUGAUUCAGAAUCUUAUGGAUCCUCGGUCAUCCUCUACUUGGAUUCCCCCAUGCAAAACAUUAAUCAUGGUGAUGGAGUAGAUCAGACUCAGAGGAUUAUUCAUCAUCUAAACCAUGAGCAGCUCCAGCUGGAUGAGGCAGGCAAUGCAGAUGGUAAUGGUAUGCUUAAGGAGAUCACAAAUGCAAACGAUGAUAAAGAGCUUCCUGGAGCUAUCACUAAAUCUAAACAAGGAUUGAGAAUUUCUCCUGACCAAAAAUGCCAGCUAUAUGAAGAAGAGGAUGUCAGGUUGAAGAGUGAAUUUGCUGACGAAAGGGAAGUUGGUCCUGAGUUGGAGAACAAAUUAGUACUUGAGUUGCGGAGACAGAUAGCUGAUUUGGAAUCUCAACUCUCAGCCUCCAACUCUGAGAUUUCUAGGUUGAGGGAGGAGCUCGAUGUAAAUAGGGAGACGCUCAAGUUGUCAGACGAACAGAUUGCAAAAUUAAAACAGGAGCUUGGCAAGAAAAUUUCUGAUCUUAACUUGGCUGACGCAGAUGUGGGCAUGCUGAAAACCCAACUUGAUUCAGAAAGAUUGCAGGUUAUGGAAUUGACAGAGAAAUUGGCAAGAUACAGCAAUGAUCUUUCUCAGCGUGAUUGUGAAAUUGAGGGGUUAGAGGUUGGAUUAUGUGAUGCCCAGGAAAAUUUCUUAAUGGUCAAAGAGCAGCUACAGUCUGAGAUUGCUAGUUUGUCAGAACAACAUACCCUGACUUGUGCAAAGCUCAACGAAUGGGAAUUAAGGGCCAAAUCAUUGGAGGAAAAGAUAAUGCAGUGUGAAGCAGAGAAGAUGGAGAUGAAACAUUUGCGUGAUGCUGAAGAGAAUGGGUUGCGAGGUCAGAUCAAUGAAUUGAAGGCAGAAGUGGGUGGGAGAGAUGGGCACAUAGAAGCCCUGAAUAAGAAUCUUGACACACUGAAGUUGAAAUAUGACACGGUUAUGACACAAAAAGAUGAGAUGAAUGCAAAGGUAAACACACUGAUGGCGGAAGUAAGUUGGCGAGAGAAGCAGAUUGCUGAAAAAGAGGAGCAUUUAGGGCAGUUACGUGAGGAACAUUUGCAGCUGAUUUCUAUGGCUGAAAGUUCAGGGGAACUAGCUGAUGAAUUGAAACAGAGAGUGGGUGAGCUGGAAAAAGAAGUGGAAUGGCAGAGAAGCAUGAUCCUGGAUGGAGCUGAGAAGAAAAAAGAGGCAAUUCGACAGCUUUGUUUCUCACUGGAGCAUUAUAGGAGUGGUUACAAACAAGUUUGUCGGGCAUUUCUCAAUCUCAAGCAAGCAAAUGCGGUUAUGGCUUAACGAGACACAGGCUAAAGAAUCCUCAAACGCUGAGUGGCAGCAAGGUUGUAAGCAAAAGACAUCCAUGAUUUGUUGAGAAUUACUGUAGUAAUUUUGUAACUCAUUAAUUUACUG